AUGAACGCUCGCAAUCAGUUCAACUUCCCGGAUGAAGAGGACCAGUAUUGGAAUGAGAACGGAUCGACGAACUCUUCGUUUUUCGAUGAUCGACGACCGAACGAGCUGCUCGCGAAGCAUGAGUUGACGAGAAUGGCCAUGGAUAAUCUAUUCGAAGAUGUGAGGACACCAUGUGAGCCGUCGACCAGCAAACAGCCACCACCACCGCUUCAAUCAAUGCAAACAACUCCCACUUGGAAAAACAAUGUUGUUUUUACUGCUGGAGCGACCAAAUCAGCUACCACGACACCAUUGAAAAUGGAGGCGCCAAGACUUCCGCCGAAAGCUCCAUUUCCUGAUAUUGGAUUGAAACCAGCGGCUUCGGUUGUAUCAAUUGCUCCAUCGGAAUGCAGCGUUUCGUCGUUUCCUUCUGACGCACAGCAACAGGAAAUCGACUACAAUAGGUUGAAAAACGAACACCGAAAAUUGCAGCGACACUUUGAGAUGAUACGCGCUGAGCGAUAUAAAGCGCCCGAUGUGCGUGAGACGACGCGGAGAUUGUUCAUGAAUGAGCCGGUGGCUUUGGAUUUGUACAAGUCGAAGGCAGAGAAACUUGCUCUACUCGACGCGGCUAUUGAAAUGAUUGAUGGGAAUGUGAUCCUAGCUGUUGUGUUUUUUAUUCAACGAACUGUUUCCGAGUCAAUCUUUCGAGAGAUUUUACUGCAAAAACCGAAAGCCGCUGAGCAGUACAUUCAGUAUUUGAAAGAUGCGAAGAAUGUGGACGAGUUGAUGACAACGAUGUGUGCAUUGGGAAGGACCACUGAAGCGGCAAUGGUUGAGUUCAAUGUUGCUAUGGAGGCAAAAACAGUCACUCAGAAAGUGAUCCUCCUGAAGAAAGCCUUGGGGUCAACGUUCUUGGAUCCAAAUCUUCAAAUGGAAAGAGAACAAGUGAGGAGGUAUUUGGAUUUAGUCGAAAGACAAACACAAAUCGAGGUCACUGACUCUCAGGACAAGUCGAAGUUGUUCACCGAUUACCCGAAAAACGCGUCUCUGAUUGGACAACCGGCGAUCCAUACUUUGUACUACUCUUGUCUGUACCAUCACGAUGAUCCAACCACUGCACAGGCAUCACCACAAGCAAUCAAAGAUCUUUGCCAUUUGAAUGAUAAACAAUUGACAUGGAUGUCGAUUCAAACACUUGUGAAACAAAAUCGAUGGCUUGACAUUGAAAAGGCGCUGUGCCCGCGCAGUUUGAUUCCAAAUCUCGGCAAAACGGGCGGGUAUUUGAAGGCGAACGUUGUGCCGAUGGUUCAUCUCUUGAGGCUUCUACAUCUUGACAAGGCUCAACCGCCAAAAGAUCUCGUUUGUCGUUUGUUGCGAACUCUUCCCAAUAUGAAUGACAAGUUACGAUUCGCGGAAAAGUAUAUGGCCACAGAGGUCGUCAUUGAGUGCACACAGCAGCAAAAGGAUCGCACACGUUUAGAGGCGUAUCUGAAGAAGUUGACGCCGCAUUCUUCGGAUCAUUAUAAAACCCUGGCUGCUCUUAAUAAUUCCAAUGCUAAAUGGAAA